AUGACGAAUACGGAUCCAACGAAGCGAGUUAGCCUCGCACAAGUCCUGGCCCUAUUGAAGGCGCUAGCCGAUGACGAAGCGAAUAACUAUGGGCUCGGAGGUGCUUCGAUAGCUUCCGAACAGCCCUACAGCUACGUAAAGCUGUCCGGAUCUGCGAGCUCUUCAAAGUCUCGACUGAAGAAUAGUGCAACGUCAAUUGCAGAUCUGCUGGAUGAGUUAGUCGACGCGGAUGACCGCAAGCAGGAGAAGAUUCUACUCCAGCUUGCUCGGAAGUGCGUGAACACUGAACAGCGCGCACCCAUGUACGAAGACAAUCGCAUCGACAUCGUCACCAGCAUGGUGAGAAAUGGGCCGACCUACUUCGCCAAAUUGUACGCGCUCCAGUGCUUGAAGUGGGCCGUGAUCUCGGAUGCACAGGUUUCGCAGGAGGACUUUGACGCGCUUCGAGACUGCGUCCAAGAGGCUUCACGGAGUGAGAUCGCAGCGGUAGUCAACGCCUUUCAGAAUGGCACUUCGGGAGAAAAGGAAGAAGCAGCGGUGCGCUGUGCGUGUAUCGCCACAAGAGCGAACGUUGACAGCGAAUCGAAGCUGUGUGCCGGAAUGGUGCAACCUCUGAUCACUCUACUACAGACUGGGAAUGACACGCAGAAGUUGUGGACAGCUGAAGCGCUGGGCGAUCUCGCCAUGGAGAACGAGACGAUCCGAGCGGAGAUUUUACGUGGGAAUGCGAUUAAAACUCUCGUGGCGCUCUUAAAAGUCGGCACUAGUGAGCAGAAGCACCGCGCGGCAUACGCGCUGGGGAGCCUUGCGUCCAGCAAAGACGGAAGUGCGAAAAUUGUACAAAAGGAAGCAAUCACGCUGCUGACUGCGCUUCUGCUUGAAGGGACUGACGAACAGAAGCACCAAGCGGCCUGUACGCUGGGAAGAAUCGCUCUCAGCAAGGGCGCAAGCGACAAACUCGUGCAAGAAGGGAGCAUUGGUCCUCUCAUUACACUGGCGCAAUCUGGAAACAGAACUGGCGCGCAAAAGGAAAAUGCGGCUAGUGCACUCCAUAAACUGGUUUGGACCGAUCAUGUAUUGACUAGUAUUGUGAGCGAAGGAGCUGUGGCAUCCCUCGUAGGACUUCUCCGAAAUGGAACUCAAGCACAACAGACAAACGCUUUGGAGGCUCUCACUAUGAUUGCCCAGGUCAAGGAAAACUGCUCCAAAAUCAUGGAAGAAGAGGGGAUUGAGCCGAUUCUCGAUCUCGUGCGAACAGGGGCAAGCGCGCAAAAGCAGAACGCUGUCGCCGCUAGCACGUUGGCAGUCCUCGCUGCCGGAGACGACGAAAUAUGCGCUGAGAUUGCCCGCAAGGGGGGUGUCGCCCCACUGAUUGAGUUGCUGCGAGAUGGGACGGAUACGCAAAAAGAGAAUGCUGCAAUUGUGGGGGAACUACAGGCACUAUCACUUAACAACGAUGGGAACCGGGCAGAGAUCGCGGGAGAAGGAGUAGUCCCAUUGCUCAUUGAGCUGAUGAAAACCGGAACUGACCACCAGAAGGAAUACGUUUCAGGUGCACUCGGACUUCUUGCCUAUAAUGCUACAAUCUGUACGCAGAUAGUUGAUGAAGGUGGGAUCGCUCUCCUCAUCGAGCUAUUGCGCGAUGGAACCGACCAGCAAAAGCUAAACACAUUGGUUGUACUUGACAAGCUGGCCUGGUUCGACAGUAUCCGACUUCAGAUUGUAAGCGAAGAUGGUAUUGCACAGCUUAUCGAGCUUCUUCGAGAGGGCACAGAACUCCAGAAGAAGAGCGCGAUGACUGCGAUUGACAGACUUGUGUUGAAUUCGACCGUUCGCGCCGAGUUUUCACGUCAUGGUGGUGUUGGGCCACUCGUCACCCUUUAUCGAAAUACUACUCACCCACUUUGGACGAAAGCUGCAAAUACUCUGCGGGGGGGGUUGCUCGGACUGUUGAAGGCUGCGCAGACAUUGCGCGCGAAGGAGGUGUUCUCUAUCUAA